GGCCCGGCCCGCCGCGGCAUGAGGCGCUGCUGCGAUGCCCGGCAGGGCUGAGAUCCGCGGCUGAGGAGAGCCCGUGCUGAGUUGUGACUCCCGCGGAGGGAAAAGCGUAGCUGCUGAUUGAAAUAAAAACUCAAAUGGUCUCUGGGAGAAAGGCCUCGCUCGCGGAAUCCUCGGUGAUAACGGAGACGUUUCUGCCCCAGCUCGGACUGUGAUGCCCGAACCGCUCGGGCUGGGUCUUCACCCGAUGCGUUCCCACUGCCAGCCCGGCCAGCGGCCCCGAGAGCCGGCGCCCCAGCUCCUCAGGCUGCGGGAGUGCGAGAGACCGGACUGUCCAUAGCACAGGACUGGGGGGAGACUGUGUAAAGGGUUUGCAUAUAGGAUGAGAGAAAGGCUGAUGGAUUUUGUGCUUUGCAGCCUCUAAAAAUAGCUGGCCCUGACAAACUGUUUUCCUGUGUAGAGUUUCCUCUGUAAGGUGCCCUAGAUUUUGGUGGGAGAUGAGGCUGCUUCUCCUUUGCCUUUUUCUGGAAACAAAAACGUGACUGCUGUCACCAAGGAUGCAUAGCAACGCUCUUUUUUGCUCACAGGAGUCCGUGAGCAGUAACAACAAACUGUUGACUCCAAGGUUUGAAUGCGUUGUUUUCCUGCAUGAAGUACAAAGUUUCGCAAGAGGUCAGAGGGUUAAAAUCCAGGCGGUAGAGUUCGGUCAGCUCUUAACUCUGGUCGGGUCAGUCGCUUUUUGUUAUUGCUGGUUAUAUCACUGUAUUUAAACAGUGAGGCAACCCCUCUAAUGUGAACAGCAGUUAGCAAGACCAAGAGUCACUCAGAUGCUUUUUUUUCUUCUGUGUAACUUGUGAUACUACCAGGCAGGCUUCCUGCUAAAUCAUCAGAUCAUAGAGUAACUUAGGCUGGAGGGGGCUUCAAAGCAGGGCUGACCUCAAAGUUGCACCAAGUUGCUUGGGGCCUGCUCUAGUUGAGGCUUGAGUUGGGAGCUCCUUUGCAUGAGUACUCAGCUUCCUGAAAGGCUAAUUACAAGUAACCUGUGUGUGCAGCUGAAAGCCUUGGGAGGAUUUUGGCAGGAUGAAGCCUGUCAUUGUGGUACAUGGCGGAGCUGGACGGAUCUUUAAAGAACGAGAAGAGGGAAGUCGUGCUGGUGUAGUCAGAGCUGCGCUGCGAGGUUAUGGUAUCCUGAAACAGGGAGGCAGUGCCUUAGAUGCGGUUGAGGAGGCAGUACGAUCAAUGGAAGAUGAUCCUCAUUUUAAUGCAGGCUGUGGAUCUGUUCUAAAUGAAAAAGGUGAAGUAGAAAUGGAUGCCAUUAUCAUGGAUGGAAAAAAUUUAGACUCUGGAGCAGUAUCUGCAGUUAAAAAUAUAGCAAACCCAAUAAAACUCGCUCGACUUGUCAUGGAAAAGACAAAGCACAUGCUGCUCACUGACCAUGGUGCACACCUGUUUGCUCAGGCCAUGGGUAUUCCUGAGACUCCAGGGGAGAAACUUAUAACCGAGAGAUCCCGGGAGAGAUGGAAGAAGAACCUUGAGCCAGAUUCCAACCCUCAAGAGUUUCAGAAAGACCUUGGAACAGUCGGUGCUGUUGCUAUAGACCGUGAAGGAAAUGUAGCUUGUGCAACAUCCACUGGAGGACUCUCUAAUAAACUGAUUGGCCGUGUUGGUGACACAGCAUGCAUAGGAAGUGGAGGUUAUGCUGAUAAUCGUUCUGGUGCUGCUUCAACCACAGGACAUGGGGAGAGCAUUAUGAAAGUGGUCUUAGCCCGACUGAUCCUCUAUCACAUGGAGCAAGGAAUGUCACCAGAGAUGGCUGCUGACACUGCAUUAGAGUACAUGAAGACACGCGUCGGGGGAUUGGGGGGUGUUAUUGUUGUUAACAAUUCAGGAGAGUGGGCAGCAAGGUUCUCCACCAAGCAGAUGUCCUGGGCUACUGUAAAGGAUGACCAGCUGCAUUAUGGGAUUUAUGCUGGGGAGAGGGAUACAAAACCUGUUGAUGAAGCACUUAUAUCUGAAAGUGAGGGAUUCUGAGAAUGAAGAAACAUCGACUGAGGAGGAAUGAAGAUCUCCAGUUUUUGCUGGAGGACAAUUAAGUUGAUUUCAUCUUUCUGAAAGAUCUGUGCUCUCUGGUUCACAGGCAUUGCCACAUUCACAGUCAGAAUGAAGUCUGGGCAUAGUUCUUCAGUGGUCAUCGUUACAUGCAUAGUGCUUAUUAAUACUUUCAAGAAGUCAGGAGGUCCUCCUUUUCUGGAUAAGAAAGUGAAUGGUCAGUAGAUUUCUUGGUUAGUAUGCCUUAAUCCUACGUUAAAGGGAGCCUGAGGUUCGGUAUUAGAGGAAUUCCUUUCCAUGCCUAUUCUCAGUGACUGCUGCCAGCAUGAUUUGAGAUAUUAAUUAAAAACUGAAUUUUGACAAUUGCAUCGCUUUCCAGUCUUUUGAGCAGUCAUCCCGUGAUAGCAAAGUGCUGUCAGUGAAAUACCACCAAACAGCAGCGAAGAGUUAAAACUACAUUGUCACAAGCUUGAGGUAACUGUCAUGGGGAAAUAAUAAUGAAGUAAAGAAAAUAACUUUUCUCCAGAGAUGGGAAAUGUGGUUCUUUCUAAAGAGUCCUACUUUAUUCCAUUCAUUGGCAUCACACAUACAAUUAAAAAAGAGAGACCACAACAAAGUAGCUACAGUACUUCAAAGUGUGUGUGGAUAGUUAACAGGAAGGAUAUUAUUGACUUAAUAUCUGGGGUAGUAAUAAAGAAGGUCAUGAUUUCAAUAAAUACAAAUAAACCGGCAAUCUUUACUACUCAAAGACAAAGGUGAUAGGCACCUUUUAAGUCUAAACAUGAGACCAAGCGAUGAUGAUUAACUGGAAAAAUAAUUAUCUAAAAUCAAGUGAUAAAAGCAAGCCAUACUAAAAACUGCCUCUUAAUAAGCUUCUUGUGUGAAGUCUGAAACAUUUUCUGGAGAUGUUUUCUUUUGGAAAGAGAAUUGAUGUUCUGCAUUACCUCUAAUACAGUUUCUUCAUUAAGAUUUUGUAUUUUUAAAAGCAAAA